AAACUAUUUAUUGCCUGAAGAUAUUUCUUUUUCGAGAACAGUUCAAACUGACGCCAAGAGAAUUUAAUAGUUUACGAGAUAUUUGCAUUUUCCUCAUUCGCCUUUAUAUGAAAGCUUGGUACCAGUGCACAAAUCCCAUUAAGGCUCCAAUGCAAGAUUUAAAAUUUUUACAAAAUGCAAUUGAGUACGCCCAAACUGAUGCAGUGGUAUCCAAUGCGGUUUUGAAAAAUGAUGUGCCAGUGGAGGAAAAACGAGAAAUGGGGAAGGCACUGCAAGCGGUCGAGCCAAACGUAAAAUUCAGUGAAGAUAGAGUAAUUUCAAAUCCCGUUCUCUUGAUUGGCAAAACUAUUAGAGAUUUCGUGUCCUACAAAACUAAAAAUUUCUUCGUUGCCUUUGGUUUGUCUUCUGACUUCUUACGGAUGGAUCCGUCCGAUUGGGGAAAAAAUGAAGAUUAUAUAGACGCUCUCGAAUUUUGUCGAGAUUAAUUCGUUGUAAAAGACACAGCUG